CAUGCGCAGAUUCACCAACUCAAAAAGAAGGCAGGUGCGCGAGCAAGUUCCCACUUGUCAUUUGGUUUGCAGAUGUGGAACAGGAUAGCUAGGAGAAACAAACAGCUUUAAACAUGCAGUUCUACACACAACUGUUUACCUCCAACCGUGGGCCUCUGGCCAGGAUCUGGUUAGCUUGUCACUGGGAAAAGAAAAUUACCAAAGCUCAAGUGUUUGAAUGUAACUUAGAGACUUCCAUCCAAGAUAUUAUAUGCCCUCAGAUAAAGAUUGGCUUGAGAACAUCAGGACAUCUGCUUCUUGGAGUGGUGCGAAUUUACUCACGGAAAGCCAAGUAUCUUCUUGCGGACUGCAGUGAAGCUGUGGUCAAAAUCAAAGUGGCCUUUCGUCCAGGGCAGCUUGACCUGCCGGAAGAUGGGAAGGAGGCCCGGUUAAAAUCCAUCACACUCCCAGAGGACUUCGCCGACUUUGACUCUCAACUGCCCGACCCCAAGAUGUUUAACGAUGUAGUUGACAUCUCCUUGAACCAGAGUCGCAUGGAGGAGAUAACGCUCAGAGAAGAUUUUGGGGAUUUCCCUCUCAUGAUGGAUAGCUUCAGUGCCAGAUCUUUAGGGGAGAGGUCGGAGUUUGAUGGGUUUGGUGACGAGGGGCUGGAGAACACUUUGCUAGAUUUUAUGAUCGAGGCCAGUAAUGAAGGAUUCACAGAUAUCUUUGACUCACCUCAUAAGGUCCCGAGGACUCCACCUCCAACGGCCAUUAACCAAGACGAUGUGGAUCCGAAUGCUUUGGAAGUGCAAGUAGAACCCUGUAGUCCCCAGCCCCCCACUGCUGUGUCAUUUGGCACCAUGAACGAGACGGUGCUGGUGGAGAAUGAGGCAGAGUACUUCGCUCUUGAGCCGGUUCCAACGACACCGACCCUGGAGAGGAAGAGAGGGAAGAAGAGGAGGCUGAUGGUGGACGCCAGGAAGGAGCUGACCAAUGAGGAGAUGAGACGGAUGCUGCAGGAAGCUGAUGACCUCAUAGGGGUCCUGGACCUGGCCCCGCCCACCCGGCAGCUGAUGGAGUGGAAGACCACAGGAGGCGUGGAGUGGCUGUUCAGACAUUACUGCGCACCGGCCGUCUACCAUCCAGACCUGCUGCAGAUCUUCCCUAGGAACAUGUUUCCCGGGAAACCAGGGUCAAAGGAGGCAGGCGAGGAGAGCGACCCAGAGGAGAUGAGGAACCAGCAUCGAGAGGAAGUUAGCGAGUCGUCUGUCUUACCUGUUGAGGAGCGCAGUCUGCUUCAUGAGUCUGUGGACCAGAGCAAAGUGUCUCCGCCACCAGCGGAGGAGGGGCUGGAGGAGCUCAGCAUCGUCAACCUGCACUCCAGCGAAUGUAGAGACAACGUGUUUUCCCUCCCCGAUCCUGUGUCAGAGGACUCCCUGCUGGUUCACCUGUCUGGUGCGGAGAGAGAGAUGCCACCCUCAGUACCACCAACACCCAGGAGUCAGGUUGAGCAGAAUACCGAAGAAAUGGAGGACGAGAGGCUGAUGAGCCGAGCUCAGAGACUCCUCCAGGCCCUGAAAGGUCGUGACCCACGGCCGAAUGCCAUCUUCAGCCUGCAGGAGCUGUGUCUGGGCAGCUCUCGUGCCGAGGUGGCGGCCAUGUUCUUCUCCCUACUGGUGCUGAGGAAACAGGGUGCCCUCGACCUGCACCAGAGCGCCCCCUAUAGCGAGAUCAUUGCCACGCCGGGACCGCGAUUUACCUCCGUCUAGUGGGGAGGGGAUGUGGGUGGGGGGUUGUUGUGUGUUAUCUAUGUAUGUAUAUAUUUAAUUUGAUUAAAAUUAUUUUGGGGAGAAAA